AUUGAAGACUGUUGUCGAUCAUUAAUUCUUCUUUACGGUGCUGAAGGUAGGCUUGGUCCCAUGCUCUUGGUCCUUGAAGGCUUCCACUAUUUUCAGCAGCCUUUGCUUGCCCUUUGUAUCACCAGUAAUGCUCAUCAACUGGCAAAGUGUCUCUGUGGGGCUGAAGGUACUUCUAGAGGAAUAAAAGUGAAACAAGUAUUUGCUAGAAUCUAAAAUACCUUCCAGAACUUGUCAGGCAGUUUCUGCUCUUAAAUACCUCAAUCACUGUCUUAAAAUCUAUUCAUUGCCCUUUUUUUAAUGUUCUCUUUCCCUCAGGACUCUAUUAAGUGGCUUCCCAAGUCUCCUAAGCUGUACAGUGGCCAUAACUGGAGCUCCCAGGGCUCUCGCUGGGCCUCGUUGAGAGGAAAGGAAGGUUUUCAUGGUGAUAACCUGUACAAAUUCAGCUCUGCUAAUGGGAAAUGGAGAGAAGGAAGGAUCAGUCCUGAGCAAGAAGCAGAGGAGCUCGAGGAUCCUGAUGAUGAACCUAUUUCCAAGUUUUCCGGCAGCCUUUUUGGUAGCGGCGAUAACGUGAGAGACCAGAGGAGUUUCAGAGCAGCGUUCCAGGAGAAGCAGAAGCUGGCAGUGCAGGGGAAGGCUGUGCCAGGAUGCCACCCCAAGGGGCAGCUUGGGGUCGAGCCGCCGCGCGCGCUGGACGUGCCGCAAACCCCGCUCAAGGUAACCAUUACUGUGUGCAGUCAAAUGGGGAGUCUUGGUAUUAGCAUUGCUGGUGGAAAGGGCUCAUCUUCAUGUAAAGAAAGUGAUGAGGGGAUCCUGAUUGCACGGCUGCCAAAAGAUGGUCCACCAGACUUGGCUGGGGUACAAGCAGGAGACAGAGUGGCUGAGGCCACCUUUGUUUCAGAGCCUGCUGUCCUUGAUGCUGGUCCUGCUGAAGCUUCCCCCAAGGGCAGUCCCUUCCCUACAGUCAACCAUGUCAUAACAAUACCUCGGAUAAUCCUCACACGCCCCUCCACUUCAGAUGAAGAUGCUGAGCAGCUGCCCCCAGACCCUGAUGACUUUGAGCCCGAGGAGCCUGACAGCACAGGAGGCCAUGCCUAUUCAGACUGUCUGAGCAGUGCUUUUUAUCCUCCCUAAUAAAGUACUUUUCUGGCAGGAGUUCAUGGGUGGUUUUCUUUCCCAUUGUUUGAUUACAUUAAUGUAGUACUUGCACCACUAUGCCUUAUUUAUAGUGAAAACCAUUACAUGGAGGAUGGAUUUGUGAGGACAAACCUGUUUGUAUUUCUUUGCCUUGAACUUUCCUUUGGCAAGAACUUGUGAACUUGAAAUGAAAUGGACUGGGUCAAGUUAUGUGAAUGUCACCACAUGUUCCAGUAGCCAUUUGUAAAGGUGCCCUGCAGGACCUAAAUGUAAUGGAGAAAAAAGCAGGUGAUUUUUAUUCAGAAGGUACUUUACUCAUUUGGAAAUAGACUGAAAACAAUUGUAUAGUUGGGUGGGAUUUUUUAAAUCUUGUGUCUAUGUUUUGUCUAUACAGCCCAUUCUUCUGUCUUCCCCCAGGUUCCUUUGAUUUGUCCCUUUUAAUGUCAUUUUCUAUGAGAAUUAAAAAAAAAAAAUCUGUCUUUAAAUAGUGCUGGGGUUUGUUUUUUUUUACCCACUGAGAAAUGUUAUCUAUGUUGGAAUUCUGUAUCUCAUUCUACUGUAAUAAAGAACAGUUUCUCCAGUUAUAUCAGUAAUGUAUAUCAG